GCAGCGCUUCCUCUCGUUGUGUAAGUGUGGCGCUUCCCUCCUACGCGACUCGCCGGUCGGGGCCGAGCGGGAGGCGCCGCUGGCGGCGGCGGCGGGGGCGGCGGGUAGGGGCGUCGGGAGGGUGGGGCACGCGAUCCUGGGUGCCGCCCAGUGACGGUUUGGAGGGAGAGGCAAGGGGCGGCGCGGGAUUUGAUGACGUGGGCAGGGAUUUUGCGAUGGGGAAAAGGCGUGGGAGCGUUAAUCCGACGCUAAUUACAAUUACGGUGUUAAUUGCACUAAACAACUCGUACCUUUUAUAUUAGUCUAGAUAAUUGGCAGUUCCUGUGCCGGUUUAGUAAAAAAAAAAAAGUAUACUCCAUUUUGUGAUACGUGUACUUGCAAUAGUAAUGAAAGACACAUGGGCCCUAGUGCAAACUUGUCCCACAUGUCAGCCUCUAGUGUUGUUGCUGGGCAACCAGCGCUCUUUUCACGGCGCAGUGGCGCAGUAUCCAACGAGCUUCCCGCAUACGCUUCCACCUUCCUUCCGCCAAUUCUUCCCCUUUCUCCUCCUCCCCUCCCUUUCAAAACCACGCAACAGCUCCUACUUCCCCCCUAUAUUUCUCUCCCAGUGCCAACUCUCAAACCCUAGCGAUCUCUACUUUUCUCCACCGGAGCACCUCGCCCAUCACCCCCACCCAUGGCGUCGCCGCGUCAUGUUUCCGGUUUGAGCCCAGGAGCCGCCGCCGGCGCGCAUCACAUGCUCCUCGAGGCGGCGUACAACGACAACCUGCGCGGCUUCAAGAGUAUGCAGGGGUGGAUUCUACCUACCGGCUUGGAUUUCGUCAUUUCGACUCCUCUCCCGGUGCUGAUCUUUUCUUUCCCUUCCGUUUUUUUUUGUUUUCUUUGUGGGUGCUGUGGUGGUGUUGUUCGAUUUCGUUUGAUCCAGACCUGGCGAACAUGCUGGAUACGGGGAGGGGAUGCCUCCGGGAGACCGUGGGAGAGGCGAGGCAGGCAGGCGUGCAAGGCAUGGAAGGUGCCGGCGUGCUGCACCUCGCUGCCAUCAACGGGAGCAUGAAUGUGGUCAGGUACCUGGUUGAGACGAUGCGGUUCGAUGUGGAUGACCUCGACAAAGAAGGGAGGACACCUCUGGUUUCUGCUGUACACAGUGGACGCAUAGGCACGGUCAAGUAUCUUCUUGAUCACGGUGCAAAUAAAGACAAAGCAAGCGAGGGUGGCCUAACUCCUCUGCAUUCUGCUGCUGGAUUAGGUGAUUGUAAAAUGGUAAAACUAUUGCUUGCAAAAGGAGCUUAUGUUGACCCGUUAUCUGACUGUGGGACACCAUUACAUCUUGCUGCUACUGAAGGGCAGGAUGGUACCAUGAAGAUAUUGUUGGACCACAAAGCGGAUGCUGGUGCUGAUAUCAAUGGAGAUUAUGUGUUAACAGCUUUAACUGAUACUUCGUUCAACUCAGUCAUGGUGGUAGUUGCUUUAGUAAUAUCUCAUACAGUCAUACUUUCCAUGCAUCAUGCUGCAAGUCUUCAUUUGUUUAGUAUUCUUGAUGAUACUCUGAUUCAGGGAGCACCUGUGAGUAGAAGUAUAACAGAGUUAAAGUCACUAGGGAGUAUGGCGUUCCAGAGCAAGAACUAUCUUCAUGCUGCAGGAUUCUACAGUAAGGCAAUGGACCUUGACCCUGAUGAUGCCACCUUGUUCUCAAAUAGGAGUCUUUGCUGGCUUCGCAGAGGUCAUGGAGGCAAGGCUUUGCUGGAUGCUCACGAAUGCAGAAAAAAACAGCCUGAUUGGUCAAAGGCCUGCUACCGGCUGGGCGCAUCUCUGAUGUCACUGAAGGACUAUGGAAGUGCGUGCGAUGCACUUUUUGAUGGACUCAAAUUGGACCCAGCAGAUGUUCAGAUUGAGAAUGCGUUACGGGAAGCUUUUCAGAACUUGAAGUUAUCUCGAAGCACCAAGGCCAAGUGAACUUGUUCUUCCUUGAUGGGGAUUCACUGGUGGAGAAACCAUCUUUCGUCGGUCGGCCGAUUUCCACAAUAGUCCCGGAUGCAAUAAAAACCGGGGCUAAAAAUGAUCUUUAGUCCCGGUUCAAAAGGGUAGCGGGCAUAUUUG